GAUUCAGAUCAGCUGAGCAACCACUGAGGAAAGGUAAACACUAUACCCACAAAACACAUGCACAGACUGACAGGGGAGAAAGAAAGAGAGCGGAAAAGAGUGACGGAAAGCCAGCAUGAUGCCGAGAACCCGCUGCGAAGUAACACAGAACAGGAAGUUAAAGGCAACGGUUAUGUGUGUAUGUCCAUAAUGGAAUCUACCGUGAACAGUGGAGUGAUUCUUUCAGUUUACAUCAUUUCAUUCCUGAUUGGCUUCCCCUGUAAUCUCUUGGCUCUCUAUGCAUUUAGUACUAAGAUUCACUCCAAGCCACUUCCAACAGACAUCCUGCUGCUCAACCUGACUGUCUCUGACCUGAUGUUUUUGAUCAUUCUGCCUCUCAAGAUGCACGAGGCAGCAUCUGGUAUGGAAUGGAAUCUGCCCAACUUCAUGUGCUCCAUCACUUCCUUCACCUUUUUCUCCACAAUCUACACCAGCUCCUUGCUGCUGAUGGCAGUCAGCGUGGUUCGCUACAUAGGAGCAGCAUUUCCUAUCACCUAUCAGAAGCUGCACAAACCCGUGUAUGCAAUUGUUAUCAGUGCUGUUAUUUGGCUGAUCUCGACAGCACACUGCAGCAUUGUUUUCGUCAUCCAGCAUCACCCAUCUUUGGCCAGCAAUAAUUCCAGUACUUGGUGCUAUGAGCAUUUUACAGACGAGCAGAAGCAGAUCCUCCUCCCAGUACGUCUGGAGUUUUUCUUUGUACUCUGCCUCAUACCUCUUCUUAUUUGUGUUUACUGCUACUUGCGCUGCAUCUUGAUUCUGUACAGCCGGCCCAGGAUAUCCCAGAUGCAGAAACAGAAGGCCAUUGGCAUGGCCUCAGGGACUCUUGCUGUGUUCCUCAUUUGUGUUCUGCCAUACAAUUUAUCUCAUUUAGUGGGUUACAUCCAGGGACAAAGCCCAGAGUGGAGGUACUACAGCUUGCUGCUUAGUUGUUUCAACACCUGUAUUGAUCCAAUCAUUUUCUACUUUUCCUCCUCCAUCUUCCGCUUGUCAAGUGAAAAGUUCAUUUUCAGGAAUUGUAUGCUCAGUCCUUCACGGUUCCAAGGACAUGUCAACAGCUCUAGCUAGACUAACAUUUCCUUUCAUUAGUAAUUGUUCAUAUUUAGUUUGAUUAUAUUUGUUUGAGUGCACAUUACAGAGAUAAAAUAAUAUGCAGUAUGUAAUCUCUCACAAGUUUUCUGCUCCCCACUCACACAAACUAUUUUUGGUGAUUAAAAAGACAAAAAAAACAUUGUUGCGUAACACUGGUGCUGCACAGUGGAAAAGUGAGGUCAUUUUGAUAUAAACUGAUGCAUCAUUACCUGAUCUAGUCACUUUGCAUGUGUUUAGAAAAUGUGUUUACGGAUAGCGAGACAUAAGAAUUUUUUUUUUUUUGAAAUAGCUGUACAGGGUUUAUCUGAACUUCCUCAUAACUGUUCAAUGACUCAAAAUAAAAUGUUAAUGAAAAUAGAA